AGCGGUGCGCCGGAGGAGCUUCCAGGUUUAUCGUGGGUUUGUUUUUAAAGCACCGCGAAUCAUCCUCUGUGUGUCUGUGUCCUGUACCAGUACACGCGUAUUCUGGUGUUUGAUUAUCCACUGGUAGCUCUGGUUUGGACCGCUUGUGUUGCUGAGCGCUGGCUGGGACAGGCGCAUUGUUCGGGCUGAGCUGGUUCAGGGCGCACUGAUGGAAUGACGCACCGUGGAGAGGAAAAGCCUUAAACAUCUUCAAAUAAAUAAUACUAAAACACGCAGAAAAUGGAGAACAAAGAUCUGGAGAGCAGCUUCCAAGCAAAACUGACCCUGACAGAUAAAGCUCUGAGCAGCUCUCCGAUAGAAUCCACUCCCAAGCUGGACAAGCACUACGAGACGGACUCGGAGCAUCUUAAAGCCGAGGACACCACCGUCACCGAUUCCUCUCUGAUCACCGACCCUCCCUCCAAAACAGAGACGCCCAGCAAACCCAACACCAGACCCAGCACGCCUGCUGCCGGCUCCACCCCUCAGGCCAAAAAAGAUGGGGUGAACUCAGAGCAGAAACAGAAGCUGGCUAAGCAGAGAAGAGAGGAGAGAGCUAAAUAUCUGGACCAGAAAACCCAUGAGCAAGCUAUGAAAAAGGCCCAGUGGCUGGAGAAGGAGGAGAAGGCUCGUCGUCUGAGGGAGACCCAGCUGGAGGAGAGGAGGAGGAGGCUGGAGGAACAGAGAAUCAAAGCCGAGAAACGCAGAGCUCUCCUGGAGCAGAAACAGAGACAGAAACUGGAGAAGAACAAGGAGAGAUAUGAAUCUGCUAUCAAAAGAUCCACCAAGAAGACCUGGGCUGAGAUCAGACAGCAGAGAUGGUCCUGGGCUGGAGGUCUAAACCAGACAUCUCGCAGAGAAAGCAGAUGCUCCUCGUCCACGGUAAACCUGCCUCGGCAGACGGAGCCUGUCAUUAGCAACAGGCUGUCCAAGUCGUCAGCGACGCUCUGGAACUCUCCUAAACGAACUCGUAGCUUGCGUCUGAGCCCGUGGGAGAGUCGUAUCGUGGAGAGACUGAUGACCCCCACCUUGUCCUUCCUGGCCAGAAGCCGCAGCGCCGCCACACUCCUGAACAGCAGUGAUCCUCAUCAGUGUUCCCGUUCUCCAUCUGCAUCUCCGUUGGUCGCCUGCUCCCACAAGCACAGUGCGGAUCGCUGGAGUGCCAGCACACCGGACAUUACACAGCGCCAACGCAGGCGCAACUCUGCACCGGCUGAGAAGAAGAAGAAGGAGAAGAAGGAUAAAGAGAGAGAGAACGAGAAAGAGAAGAAUGCUCUCACUAAAGAGAAGGUGCAGAAGAAGAGACAUUCAGAGUCGAUCACGAGAACCAAACCAGGACUCAGCACUAAUCCCAAACCCAAAAGCAGAGUUUCCUCCCCCGCGCCUUCGAGGAGUCGCCCCCUGUCACCCAGUACCGCCGUGUCUCCCAAACCGCCUCCUUCCUCCUCAAGCAGAACUCCUACCACCACCAAAACCCGACCCAGACGUGCACAGACCCCGGCGCGGGUACAGCCCCCCGCCGUGAGCACCGUCGCUGUACAGGAGACCAAGAAAGAACAAGCCUCUCAGUCCAGAGGAGCAAGAAAAGAAGAGGCCAAGAUUCCUGCAAUCACAGUAUCUGCAUCUCCAGCUCCACCCCCAGCUGUCAAUCAACCAAUCACAGCAGCACCUCAGACCACUGAGGCCACAACCACUCCUCCACCUGAACCCAAACCCACGGCAGGAACGACUGACCCGGAGGAGGCGAGUCGAGUGCUGGCAGAGAAACGGCGGCAAGCUCGAGAACAAAGAGAGAGAGAAGAACAGGAGAAACUGGAGCAAGAGCAGAGAAACAGAGCUCUGCAGAUGGAGCGAGCCCAGCGUGAGGAAGAGGAGAGGAGCCGCAGGGAGGAGGAGGCGAGGUUAAUGGCCGAGCGACAGCGUUUGCAAGAGGAGAAAGAGGCUCUGGAGAAAGCUCGUGCAGAGCAGGAGGAGAACCUGCGCCUCCAGAAACAGAGAGAGGAGGCGGAGUUAAAGGCGCGGGAGGAGGCGGAGAGGCAGAAGAUUGAGCGGGAGAAGCACUUUCAGAAAGAAGAACAGGAACGCCUGGAGAGGAAAAAGCGCCUGGAGGAGAUCAUGAAAAGGACUCGUAAGAGUGAUGCUGGAGAGAAGAAGGACACCAAGUCUCCAGCCCAGGUGAACGGCAGAGACACAAAUGCUGCCACACUGAAUCUCCCUGUCAACAACAGUAACGGCACUCCAGGACUAAACCAGUCACAGGGAGACCCAAACUCAAGCCCUGAAUCCUGGAAUUCAUCUCCAGUGGUGAAUGGAAUGCCACCUACCAAACACCACAACGGCAUCUCCUCCAACGGAGAGGCUGCUGACUUCGAGAUCCUCCAGUUGGCCAAUCACAACGGCGGAAAGAGCAACGGACAGGGCCAACCUCAGAGCGCCAUCGCCACUGACCCCAUCAUGGCCUUUGAGGGAGGAGAGCCGUUCCUCAUGAAGGCAGGGUCUAUGAAGCCUCCUCAUGUGGCAGAAGUGCUGUGAUGGACAGGAGGGGUGAGAUCUUUACCCCGACGUUUCAGCAGCAAGAGGUGAGAUUGUGCCAAACCUGCCAACCCGAGCGACUGAGCUUCACGUCUUCUGAACUACGCUGAGAUGGAUUUUUUUACGUACAUGAGGACAGAGAUACAUGAUACAUGAACGUUCAUCUUAUCUUCGUAGCGUACAAAAAGAAAAAUAAACUAAAGCAUUGUUUGUGUAUUUCCACUAUAAUCCAAACGUCACCCAGCGUGUUCAUGGUGCACCUUACAGACUGCCGGACGAGUUUUACACACAACCCUGGAAGUAUACGCUAUUUGAGGAUUGUUAUAACAAAUCGUUAUUGUUAUUGUCGUUGUUCUUAUGAUAUAUCAGUAUUUUAUUCUUUUUAGUUCUGAAAAAACAGUGUUUUUGUCCUGAAUUCUUGAGUUAUUUAAUUAACUUGAGACGUAUGAGAAGAGAAGAGCGAAGAUUAUGUAAAUGUAAAUUUGCCUGACCUGUGGAAUAAAUCUUCAUAAAAGGGA